AUGCUGUGGUUCAAGUGCAAUGAAAUUAUACCUGGAACAGCAAUAGGUGUUGCAUUUAUUGGGGUUGCCUUAAGCUUUUGUUUAUUUCUAUACGAAACAGUACCCGUUCCGGAUCUCCAUGUAAUUUGCAGAAUGUCACAGGCCUCAGAAGAAAAUCUGGAAGUCUUCAGGGCAGAGAAAAAUGAAGCUUUUGUACUUGGCUAUACAGGAGAAGUGGGCAAAGAGCUGAUACGGGACAUGGCUUUAUUGAAGGCAUUCUCAAAAGUCUACCUUAUUGGCAGGAGAUUUGUCAAACUUCCUGACCACCUUGGUCCUGAAUUUGAACAAGUGAUUGUAGACUUUGAUGAUUUAGAUUCCUAUUCAGACGUGUUUCGUGAUGUGAAAUAUGGAUUCUGCUGUUUGGGCACAACAAGAGCUAAAUCUGGAAAGACAGGUUUUGUGAAGGUCGACCAUGAUUAUGUUUUAAAAGCUGCAGAACUUGCCAAGGCAUCAGGAUGCAAACAUUAUUCAGUGUUGUCCUCUCAGGGGGCGGAUAAAAACAGUUCCCUUCUCUAUCCAAGAACUAAGGGCCAGGUUGAGGAAGCAUUAAAAGUGAUUCAUUUUCGUCAGCUGUCGAUUUUCCGACCAGGGUUGAUACUCUGCAACCGACAAGAAAGCCGCCCAAGUGAGACGUUCUUUAAGACAGUACUCAAACCCAUGUCCUAUUUCUUUCCGACUGCUGUCACAACACCUGUGCAGGUACUCGCCCGUGCGAUGAUUAAUGAUGCCAUCCAUCCCAUUCGCCAUGACCCUGUUUUGUUAUACGAAAAUAGAGCCAUCCAUUUCCUAUCUGGUAUUUCAAAACAAUGCAGUUGAAAAAUGGAAAAUUAAUUGAUAUCUGUUAAUCAGGAAAUAUUUUGUUUAUUUUAAAGCAAAAUUCCAAAUAAUUCAAUACCACUUUAUUAUCCUGAAAAACUGCUGUUUUUGUAUAAAAUUGCUGUUCAGAUAAUUUAAUUUGUGUUCAAGAAAAUAUUCAUUUCAAAAGAAAAGAUUUGCUUUUAGAUAGUUACCAACAUAUUAUUAUAUGCUCUCCCCUCUUGUUUGUUGGAAGUGAAGUUGUUGUCAGUAUGAUUUUGGUUUUUAAUAACUUUUUUGUUUGUAUAAAACAGAUUUGCAAACUGAAUUUACAGUCAUUGCAAGACUUGUUACCAUAGAACGCUUUUUGAAUACAUAAAGUGAUAAUUAACUUUAUAAAUAUAACAAAGUUAUUCACCAAAAAUAAAUUCCAAAAAAUAGCUUCACCAGAUUUACCAGAUGAUUAAAAAAAAAAAAAAAAAAUGGGAAUUUAUGUCCCACCAUUUUUAUGUUACAGCAUAUAGUGUUCAUGUGUUAUGUCACCGGGCGUUUGAAUUAACUUUGACAAGAAGUUAAACAAUAACAAAAGCAGGAUUAUCUCCCUUUUUUGUGCAUACCAUGUAUGGGCUAACCAUGAUGCGCAAUCUUCCCUUGUAGUGCACAAAUAAUAACCAUCAGUCGUGAAAUGAUUUAAGUAUUUUUUUGCAAUCUUUAAUUCAAAUGAGUAGAACCUGAUCAUAGGUUUUGUAUUACGUAAAGAAUAUGUGAAAAAUAUGUGAUAUCUGCAGUUGUUUUUCGAUAUGUCAGGGUAUGCAAAAUACUGUUUUGGUGAAGCUAUGUUUUUUUUUUAAAUAUUUGUUUGAGCCCCUAAAUGCAUUAGAAUGUAAGAAUUCAAGAUGUUUAUUAUACAGGUUGUAUUAUUUCUAGAUAGUGACUUAGUUUUUCUUUCUCUUUGUGAUAUAGCCUGCUGAGUAUGAUAUGAAGUGCAUGUUAAUUCUGUUUAAAAUUGUACCUGUGAUUUAGCUGUUGUGAAUACAGUAAUGAUAUGCUGUUAUAUUACAAAAUUAUGUUUACAUCUUAAUAUGGUAUUAUUGAUUUUUAUAUAUAAACACAUCUACAAAUUAAAUAAAUAUGACAGUUUUAUUUGGUUAAAAAAUUGGUAUUCAAAACUUUUUUUUAUAUGUAAUUCUAAUACAUGUUUAUAUGUAUAUAGUAUUUCUAUGUUGGGCGAAACUACAUUACCAUAUAGAAGCAUUCAGAUUUGUAACAAAUUUGUAAAAGAUAUUGAAGUUUCUGAAGAUGUUUAGUAGCAUUAAACAUUCAUAGUUGGUAAAGUUUUCAUCCACAACAUUAGAUUUACUGUGUUGUUACAAACAAUUGCCAACGAUUCAUGCUACAUUUGCUUGUUAUUGGUGGAACAUUUUUCACUAUCAUUUAAAUCCUAUUUAAUUUAAUAUGUUAUCAGUAUUUAUGUGUCACACAAAAAGCUAUGUUCUUAUAAUGCAAAGACCAAUAUUUUCAAAUUAAAAAGACCGAGGGGGAUUGGGGUUGCUGGGAUAAUGUACUUAAGAUUUUAACAACUGGUGUUUCAUUCACUUAAUUGUUUGAUCAAUUUAUGAAUAUGAAAACUCAAAAACAGAUUAUAACAUUGAUGGUUUGAAUAGUUUUAUGUGCCCAUCAUUAAUUAUUAAGCUAUUCCUUAAUCUUUGUUUUAAUGAAUAUAUUUCCAAAGAAUGCAUACAAAGUAAUAUGUAAAUGAAUUGUAAAUUAAGUAAUUGUUAGAGACUCUGUGUGUCUUUACUGAAAUUUAAUGGAAGUGGAGUUAUUUCUUUCGCAAGAAUUGAUGACCAAAUAAUGUUAGUAAUUAAUUCCUGUACAUGGAUUGAAACAUUGUAUGUAAUUAUUUAGUUACAAUCUUUAGUUGGUGUAUUAUCAAACACAGGAGUUAUUUAUGAUGCUGAAGUGGGAGAUAUUAUUAAUCUCUAACCGCUUGGAGAAAAAUGAAUAAAAUUGUAUACACAAUGCUUGUCAAUUUGAUAACCUUCUUGAUCAGGGUUGAGGUUCCCGUAUCACACUCUCAAGAGGGUGAAAUAUUCUUUUAGAUCCCAUGUUUAAUGCUCUAGGUCACUUGUGUGAUCCUACAGGUCACACAUGACCAAGUGGAUGCCAGUUGUGAUUUCUUGAAGGUUGUUUUUGACACUGUAAGUCGCACUUGAAUGUAGCAUUGUUUUUCAUAAUUUGUCCAUGUAUAUAAGGUUUCCUACAGUAAGAAGAGUGAUUACUCUGUACUAUAUGUACCAUAUGUAUGCAUUCAUUUGUAUUAUAUUGCUCAUAUUCAUUAAAACAUAAAUGUUUAUGUCGUCUAAUGUCUAUCUAGAAGAGAUUUUAUUCCAUGAAUUAAAAUUGGCCAUAAAAAAAACUACUUUAAGUAUAAAUUGAAUUUUGUCAGGAGUUCAUCAGAAAAGACUCCAGGAUGGACUUGUAAAAGGUUAUGAUGUGUUUACCUGUUUAGUAACUUGUUGAUGUGUUUUGGUGUGGGGAUGUCUCUACCUCUGUUAUGAACCUGUGAUUUUAAUCAAGAAAUGAUACGGAGACAGAAUACGGAACAUUUGUAAAAAGAUUGGAGUCUGCUGGCUAUAUUAAUGCUUCAAGAUCUACUUUUUGAUAUACGCAGUGUAAUUUUAAUCUUGCUUUAUGCUUAUUUUCACUAGAUAGUGUUCAACUGAAUCAUAGGGACAUGGCACAAAUUGCUAUCACACGGUUCAUACAAAUAUAUCAUACUACAAUUGAUAAAUAUUAAAUGUCAGCUGGGAAUAUGAGCCAAAUGCCUGUGAAUCAAAUUAUAUGUGUUACCAUUCGAAUACUUUUGCUUGCCAACAUGAACAAUAAGCAUCCUCGGAUCUGUCAGAAGAGCCCACUAAACCCCAGUGUGGGAUCUGAGAGCUCAUCACACUUAAUAUGUCAGAAUCAGGUAAUUCUGACUUUAUAUUCCAACUUCCCUCUGUGAACAAAAUGGAAAACCAAUCGAAAAAAUGGUCCUGAUGAAGACCUAGUGAUUGGUUCAAAACUAGUAGACGAUUAAAAAUAUUACCAGAACACGCUUGAAUAUGUUGAGGUUAACUUACCUUGCAUGUAAGUAUUUAUAAGUAUUAAUCAUUUAACAUUUUAGUUAAUUUAGUGUUAUCAGAUUAAUUAUCAUGCAAAUAGCUGUCAUUGUGUUUUGCCAUUUUUCUAUAUUAAGCCACACUGAUGACCUUGUUUAUGUACAUUGUUUGAUGUAUAUAUAGGUUCUUAAAAUGAUUUUCCAUUCAAUACAUGAAUCUAUGAAAUGUGUCAAAGACUUUUUAAUCUUAGCGAGCCUAUGGCAGGGAAAAUAAAAAUUUGUGAUGAGUUUUAAAAUGAAGCAUCCAAUAGAAACAAAUUUAAAACCCAUUUUAUCACAUGAAUAAAUUAUUGAAGCAAAUAGGGUAGAAAACGGACAUUUCUAAGUAAAACCUUAAAAAAAUACUGCUUUUGCAUUAUGUUUUUGUACUGCUCCCCUUGAACUCCUGCUGUGUAUAAAAACUAAUUAAUGUUUCCAAAAAAGUGAUAGGUAGGAUAUCACAGUGAUUUUUUUUAAAACAGUGGGUUAAAUGGAAUUUAAUGUAAACCAACAUUGCAAUAACAGAAAAGCAAAAUCUAAUUCAAAAUGAAUUUCUAAUUUUGAUAUUUUUUUUUCUUUUUAAAAGUUCAACUGAGAUUACUGCAUUUCUCUUGUGAGAGAAGUUUGGAAAAUAUUCCAUUCCUCCAUUUGUUUGAGAAACCUACAUUCCUUUGUCAGAUAUGUUUUUUGUGUUAGAUUUAUUAUUUUCCUUCUGUUAAUUUGAUUUGUUGUUAAUUUAACAAAAACCAUUCUCAAAUAUAACCUAAACUUUAUUCCACUAACUGUCACAAGUUUUUGUACUUCAAUAUUUAUCUGUUUAUUUAUUGUGUGAACCACUGCUUUAAUUCUGAGUUUUGCUGCUUAUGAAAAAUUACCAGAGAUGUUUGCUACAGAGAAAUAUCCCAAAAACCGGACAUGCUUUUUUUUCAAAAUUGUGUUUGGUAUUAAUUUAAACUAAUGUUAGAAAGAGAUGUAUAGUCUCCCAUUCAAAAAACAAAUCGCUUGAAAAAAGUUCCAGAUUUUUCUUAAAAAGUGAAGAUGCUUAUUUGCAAUGGAAUUAUGACUAAGUUUCUUCAGUCCUAUACAAGUGAUUAGGUGAUGAAAUAACGGGCCAGAUGCACUGUAAUAUUGUGCUGUGAAUCUACAAACGUCCAAAGCUUCGAGUAAUCAUUUCAUUAUUAAGUAUAAGACUAAAAUUGGAAAAUACCUAUAUGUGUUUACAUUGUCGUCUGCUUUCCUUGUUUUUUGUGUCACUGUCUUAAUGUUUUACAAUUGUUUAUGUAUUGCUGAUUAAAAACGUUUACCUUUUAA